AAUUCUUGCCAGUUUCUACUUGACUAAGACAAUGUACCAUCCAUCCAUUUUCUUUGCCGCUUCUCCUCACGAGGGUCGUGGGGAUUGCUGGAGCCUAUCCCAGCUGUCAACAGGCAGGAGGCGGCGUACACCCUGAAGUGGUUGCCAGACAAUCGCAGGGCACAUGAAGACAAGACAACAGCCGCACUCGUAAUCACACCUAAGGGCAAUUCAUGUUGCGUGUUUUGCGGAUCCGGAGAACCCAGGGGAAACCCACGCAGCUCUUGAUCCACAGAGACGGGCGCGGACAGCGUUGCGGCGGAGCCAUGCCGAGCCCAGCCCAGGACGAGAGCGGGCCGGACCCGGUGAGCACCCGAACCGCACCGGAGCCGUCGGACAAUCGUACGGUUUCCACUGAGGCGGCGCCGAGUGAAGCCGUUGCACGAGAAGGGAGGGAUACUUCGACGGAGGAGAUGAACGGGACCCAAACUGAUAAAACGCUGGGAAACGAUUACAACCCUGUCCAACCCUCAGACGACGUUGAAGAGAAGACGCUCGAUCAGGGUCCAAAGACAAAUCCUCCAUCAGAGUCGAAAAAAGGUGACGGUACCGAAGGAGAAAAGUCGAAGAAACAGGACAGACGUUACUCCUGCCAGAGAGCCGUGCUCGAUCCUCUGAAGAUGAACAUGACCAAGCCGGUGGUGAUGCCGCUCACAUCAUCGGAGCUCUCGCUGCAGUGCGUCGAUUGCCACAUCAUCUUCAGUGACCCCAAGAGCAAAGAGCGCCACCUGAAGUUGAGCCACCCCGCUGAGUACGAGCAGUGCAUCUUGAGCAAUUCGCUUUUCGCCUGCUACCACUGCGACCGCCACUUCACCAACUCCACGGAGCUCCGGGCCCACCAGAAAACCCACGAUGAAUGGAAACCCUUCAAGUGCCCUCUAUGCACCCAGGCCUUCAAAAGGUUGUACGACCUCAAACUGCACACCAAGGUGCACAUCGGGCAGGACGGUUACACGUGUCCCGACUGUGGCAAAACGUGCAAAACAAUGACGCUGCUGAAGUACCACCGUCGCGUACACACCGGAGAGAAGCCAUACGUCUGUAAGGAGUGCGGGAACCGGUUCAGCAUGUCCCAAACGCUGCGGAAACACAUGCAGUCGCACUUGCAGCCAGGCGCCCCGGGACUGGGAGAUGCCGCAACCAAGGCGCCACAGAAGAAACAGCUUGAUGCCUCAAAAUCCGAGUACCCCUGCCCCAUAUGCAAGGCCACCUUCAAGAGUCUCAACGCACACCUUCGUCAUCUCAGAGACAAGCACGGUGCAUCACUCGCUUUGUUCGAUAAACCCCCGCAAGGAGUGUCACGUGAAAAACCGUCCGCUCCGGUAAUCAUGUCGAUAUCUGUUCCUCAACCGUCGUUGCUGGAAUUGGAGCCCAACGGGCCACUCCAGAAAGUAGACGGCAAUAUCGACACCGAGCCAAUAUGCCGUCUUAUUGAAUCUUUGGGAAAUGUCCAGAAAGUAAACCAAGUUGUGAUUUUGGGUCAAGUGCCUCCGAAUGCCCCACCACUGGAAGUUCAGCAACUCUCUGAGCUGUCCAAUUCAGUCAACCUCAGACCGCUCCAAUCACAUCCGGUGGGAUUGAAACCAGUGGAGGUGGUGACAGUGGAAGGAGACUUUUCAAACGACUUGUGUGAUCCAAUGGAGCAAACAAUCAUACUUGAACCCAUUACGCCUGAUGGACAGUUAAUCAUCACCCCCUGCCCAGACUUGACCUUUGGAGCCAGAUUGGAGCCAGAGGGAGAGGUGAUGCAUCAAAGUCAACCACAAUCGGGGAUUAAUAGAACAUACUCCGAUGCCUUUGAGCCAUUGAUUUUCCAAAAUGAAGGAACAGAUCUUAGGCAAGACCCUGAGCAAGCUGUCACAUUAGAACUAACCCCUAUCCUGGAAACAACUCCUGAGCUGCAACAACCACAAAAUGAGCAACAACCAGAAAUCCUACCGCCCCCGCUGGUACCAACCACAGAACUGGAGAAAACCUCUUAUCAAAAUAUUGUAAAUGAGCAGAGUACUGAUCUACCUGUCCCAUCUUUAGGGCCUACAGUUGAGGAGAACUUGACAUCUUUACAAAGCGAAGUCCAAUUGUUUGGGCCUGUAGUUGAGCAGAACCUGACAUCUUUCCAAACCAAGCAACAUCUCUCAGGUUCCACUUUAGCGUCAUUACAUGCACCCGCACAGGCUUCAGAAGAACCUGGCGCUAACUCACAGGAGACUGCUCAAUCACAGACUCAAAAUGUCAGUCAAGAUGAGGUGGACUCAUUGCCCAGUUGUGGAACCACCCAGGGGUCCGAAGAGAAGCUUUCACGAGAUGAAGAACCACCGGUUGAUCUCAAGGAGGACAAGGAUCAGAUGGAAAGUCUGUCUGAUGCCAUGGAUACGUCUCCUAAAAAGAAAGGUCCUUCGCAAUCCCCUGGCAAGCAGGCACCACAGGCCUCAGAGUUACCUGUGAAUUUAAUGUCAGCUCAAGAGCUUGUGAAAGUACGCAAAAGGAAGCCAGCCAGGGCCUUAAUCAUACAAGGCUAUAUGCAAGAACUAAUCGGGUCCAUACUCGAUGAAGAUUUACAAAGUGUUUGCAAACCAGCCAAACGCAAAAGAACAAAGUCUCAUCUUGCUAACUUUAGACCACAAAAGAAAAGCAAAAAACAAGAAGUGCCUUCCCAACAAUGCCAAUCUCCCCAAAAACAACCCGGAGUCGUUGUCGGAUCAAGUCCAUUAGGGAGUAAAGUUUCAUCACCGAAGGGGAAAAUUGCCAAUAAAAAUAAAAAAGCAAAGAAGAAGGCUCCAAUUAAAAAGAAACUGCAGCCUAAAAUAGUGCAAAAAGGUGGUCCCAAGAACGCGAAGGCCACAAAGAUGACGGAUAAAAAGAGAAAACAAAAGAAAAAAACCGUGAGUCCAAAAAAACAACGACCCAAAAGCCAACCAGAGUCACUUUGCCCACAAAUAACACAAGACUCACUCCUUUUGCUGAAAGGUCAUAUGCAGCCCCAGCUCAAGGUUCACAAAUUGGACCCUUCCAAAACAUCUGGGCAAGAAACAUCACCGAGGGAAAACGCGUCCCAGCAUCGCAAAAACAACCGGGCACAACCUAAAACCAAGACUGCAAACAAUCCCAGCAAUGUUGGUAAGAAAAAAGGGAAACUCAUAAAGAUGUCGUUGCUCUCAUUUCUAAAUGCAUCCCAUCAAUCAACUGAAGCCCAGCUCGUCAAGCCAAAAACCGUUCGGAAACGCAAAGCUUCCUCCAACAUUGAGACUGAAGGGGUGAUAACCUCCCUGCACUCCAAGCGAGCUUUAGAGUGUAAAGACUGCGGGGAGACAUUCGGUGAAGUCGCCUCCCUUCAGAAGCACAAGACGAUGGUGCAUAUUUUAGAAAGUCCUGAACUUAUGUACACAAAUGGGAACAUUUUUGAGGGAGUCUCCAGAUUAGAUGUCGGCUGUCAAGAAAGAGUCAUUCACCUGACGAAUCCCACCACAGGUUGGGAUAUUGAACCGGAGAUUGCAUUUGGGGACAGGGAACGAACUGUCUCCUUUCCUGCUUUGGUUCCUUCUCCGUCUUUGCCUACUCUGCCUGCCGAUGAAGGUAGUGUUCAGCUUCCGGGCUCUCUGAAACCAUUAGAUCAGAUCCAGAACCAGACUUUUAAUUUGAAUCCUUUAUUAGAUGGCACAACUCAAAUGAAGCAAAAUCAAUCCGUGGUGUCUGUAGACAAAGGGCAAGAAGAACGUAUGCCCAAGAACCGCUGUUUAGAAUCUGAACACCGGGCCCCCAUAGGAGAGGACAUUACGGGGGAUGCUUUUUUGGGGGUAGAUGUUGUUACCGUCGGGAAAGAGAAUGAAGACCUUCCCCAAAGGGCUUCUGUUGAAGAUGCAUAUUCCGUAGCAGGUGGCUCUGAAAAAACAACCAGUGAUCAUGCAACAAUUGUGAGACGUUUUCAGCCGGUGCCUUGCGCCACGCAUCAAAACGGACUUAAAGAUGAGGAAGAAGAGGUGUCAGUCCAGAAGAAAACCAAUAAAGGUAGUGGGGUUAAAAGACGAAGAGGAACGGAUCUAAAAGUGGAUGAGAUGUCGAGGAAACGUUUGAAACCAGAUGAGGUUUCGGAAGAUUUAUUGGAGAUGGAACAGGAGGAUUGUCAGGUCGUUUACGAAAAUGUCAAGAGUAAUUCCCAAAUGAAUGACGAUGAGACCACUGCACAGACUUCCUUGACUGAUAUUCAUCUGGGGCAUGAUCCCCAUCGAGGUCCUUCUAAUGCCACAAAUACUCCCCCAACACACCCUAUUUUGGACGAAUCCGCUGUAUCUCGGGGCGAGUCGGACAGGGAGAGUCAGCCAUCUCCAGGGAUUUAUAUUGAGAAGACUGUCACGGCCGAACCCGGGUUGCCUAACAGGGAGCCUCCCGAGCAGACCGAAAGACGGGGUUUGAAGCGCACUCCUGGGAAUGAGUUUCAAAGACUGAUCAAGGUUGAAGAGAAUACAUCGGAUCCACUGCUCGGCGCACCCUUGAGUCGAAGAGAGAGCGGCAGAGCAGGCAUGCAGCCACAGCAGAACGGAGACAUUCGGACGGUUCUGGUGAAGCAGGAGAGUAGAGUCCUCCAUGAUGACUCCCGGUCCACACCCGAUAGCAGACACAGCCAAUGGAAUGCGGAACAAGUCACCGAUCGAAACCCCGCCAGCCCCCACACCGAGGAAAAGUCCAGUGACUUCCCCCCGCCCCCCGACUUAAGCAACAAGCAGUGCAUCUUCUACCCGGUGAAGGCGGAAGAAAGGGAGCUUCCCUUGGGUGCCGCUCACACUAACGACAGAAGGCCAGAUGCGUCCGCCGACGUCAGACAGACACUACAUCCGGCCACAGAUGAUGGCAGUCUGCAAGACCUCCACGAUUCGAGAGGACCAGAUAUGAUGGACGUUCAUGACUUUGCAUUUGAACAAGCCGAAGCAGAGUUUCAGAAUCCACCGGACACGCGGAGCUUUCUCCUGCAGAGUUCUGAAGAAGACGACGCGAGCAGUUCGGAGUUGUCACAGCCGCACGCUGACGCGGAGGCAGAAGUCCUGGCUCAUUUCGGCAAGAACCAAGGGAACUGCUCACACCAAGCAGACGUAACAACACUAACGGUGUUCCAAGAAUCCCCAAGAGAGGCCACCGAACCUUUUGAGUACUUCUCCAGGUAUUUUGGCUGGGACACCUGGUUAGAAAUUUCCCGCUGCACCAAUCAAGCGUCUGACUCCGUCACCGCGGCGGAAGUCGCCAAGUUUGUUGGGAUCCACAUCGCAAUGGGAACUUUGAAGUUUCCCAGCCCACGACUCUACUGGGACAACUUGACGAGAGUGCCCUUGAUUGCGGAGGCCAUGGCGCUUCCCCGCUUCCUUCAGCUGUCGCGGUCGUUGAAGCUUGCCUCGUCCGCUAAAGGUCCGCCUAAUAUAAGUGAAAGAACUCAUACUGGCACCGACAGGAGCGCCCAAAGUGGAUUGCCAAAUGACUCCGUGAACCCUUUGUGGAAGGUUCUCCCGUUAUUGUGCCGCUUUCAAAAAGGCUGCCAAUCAUUUAGGAGACAGGGUGACUAUGCAGUGGAUCAGUAUUUGAUUCCCUUAACUGGUAAGCUGGACAAUAACAGGCUGGCCUUGCAUAGCACCGCCUUGAUCGGAUUUGAGGGUUUGCUCCUGCACGUGGAUCUCAAGGUAGAUCUUUCGGACAAGGAGGAUGCCGUGGAGAAAAUGGUCCCCAAAGGCAGCACCGUUUUUCUCUGCAAGCAAGAGCUGUCCACUCCCGCCAUGCUGGAGCGACUCCUGGUGGCCGGGAUCCACGGCGCCGGCCGGGUGGGCGGCGCGCAGGGCCAGAUCGGGGAUGAGUUCGUGAGCUCGGACGGCAAGCUGAUGCUGCGCAGGUCGCACCGCGGCUUCAUUCUGUCCACGGCGGGAGACGGUCACAGGAACAUGGCCUCCCUCAUCGACAAGUUCGAGAAAGCCCAGGCGGCAGCUCGCCUCAACAGAGAUUUGUUGAAUCUUUACUCCAUUCCGGUCUCCACCUCACCGACAGUUUGGCCUCUCGCUGUGCUCUGGUACCUCACAGAUUUGGCUUUAGUCAACUCCUGGCUCUCGUACAGACGCGCAGGUGGCCUCGUCUGCACUUUGUCACUUAUGGAUUUCAGACUGGCCGUUUCCAACGCUUUGAUCCAUUCCAGCGGCUCAGACCCUCAGAACUCUGUCCUCCCUCAACCCUCCCCGGCAAAAGCUAACUCUAGAACCGACCCACCUAAUCCCGGGACAGUAGAAGAAAGCCCCCUCCCCGACGCGGCUACGCGGUACGACGGAUCGGGGCACUGGCCGGAGCAACUGGCCGAGGGCGAAGGGGGCAGGUGUCGGUUUGGCGACUGUCAGAGGACUUCGCGAGUUCUGUGCCUCAAGUGCUGCGUCUUUCUCUGCAUCUCGCGAAACCACAACUGCUUUUUGAAUUUCCACAGUCAGGCAAGUUCAGGGAGUACCUAGCACCAGACCGUUCAGUCUUACUUUUCUGUAUGUUGCUAUUUUGGUGAUAAAUAGUUCACGGCAACAAUGUCAGGGUGUCUGAGAACAGCGAUACAAACACAACAGUACUUGUAGCUCAGAAGUUAGCAACAUUUUUUCCCCCUCUUUUGUACUCCGACAGUACAUACAAUCUAAACUGAAGUCCAGAAAUUCCCAAGUUAACGGUAAUAAUUCUUGUACAGCAUUUCCUCAUAUAAUGGUCAAUAAUUGAAGCGGGAGAUUUUGUUGUUUUUACAAAUUGGAUUUUUGUAUUCCCCCCCGACUCCCUCUGCUAAUAGGUACCGCUAAUGAGCCUCCAUUUAAACACUGGCAUGAUAUAGUAUGUCUUGAAAUAAAGUACAAAAUUGAAAUGAAAUUGAAAUAAAAUAAUUAUUAUUUAUCAGAGGGCGACAUGGUGGCCCAGCUGGUAAAGUUUGCGUGUUCUCCCCGUGCCUGGGUGGGUUUUCUCCGGUUUCCUCCCACGUCCCGAAAAACAUGCAACGUUCAUUGGACACUCUAAAUUGCCCGUAGGUGUGAUGGUGAGUGCGGCUGUUUGUCUCCAUGUGCUCUGCGAUUGGCUGGCAACCAGUUCAGGGUCUACCCCGCACGUUGACAUCUCCUCCAGGACUCUUGUCCUUUAAACCCUUGUGAGGAUAAGCGGCAAAGAAAAUGGAUGGAUGGAUAUUUGAUGCGGGCGACGUGUUGUGGGGUGACACUUCAGAUGUCAUAGUAAAGGUUUUUACAGACACUCAUGACAUUUUCUUUUUUUUUUCUUUUUUUUUGGCGUUGAGGCAUCAAUAGGUUAUUUUUAAUAUUCACGCCACAGGCCAAUAAAUGAAAGCAUGAUAUCUCUUAACAGAGACCUUCGAAAUGCUGUACUUUAUUGCCCAUCCAUCCACUUUCUGAGCUGCUUAUCCUCACAAGGGUAGCGGGAGUGCUGGAGCCCAUCCCGGCUCUCAUCGUGCAGGAGGCGGGGUUCCACCUGGACUGGUUGCCAGCCCACACAGAAUGAAACAAAUGGUCGCACUCACAUUCACACCUACAGGCGUGAACAGGGCAAAACCUGGAUCAAAACAAUUGUAAAUAAAUCUUCGUGAUCUUGCUCUGUUUUUGGUUCUUCCUUCUUGUCAAUGAUAAGCACUGGCCAUGUGGUGCUUUUGCACUAUUCUGUCUUGAAGUAUGGUAAUAACAACAAAAGAAAUUGUAUAGUAUGUCAUAAUUAAAAGUGUAGAAAUACGGUUAUGGGUUAGGGUUAAAUGUGAAGGUCUUAUUGUAUGUACUUGUCGGAACGAGUUGGGUUUGACUCAUUUCCUUUUGUAAUGUUUUUUUUUUAAUUAUUAUUUAACAUUUCACAAUGUUUUUAUGCAAUAAUUAUGGAUUUUUUUUUUGGUUCCACUGUUGAUAUGACAAAAGUUUAUUUUCAAAAGAUUGGGAGUCUGGACUAUAAAUGAUAAAGUUGCAUAGAAGAAAAGUGGCUUUGAAGGGGGGUGCGCAACAAAAAAUGACAAUGGAAUUCAUCUGGAUAUUUUAUUUUUUAAAAUUUGUUUCAUCUUGUCACAGAUCAAAUUGUCUUUUCUCAUGAAAUAAGUUCUAUAAACAUUGAAAUUAAAUAAUUUGAAGACGAGUUGCUCAUCUCUGGCACCAUAAGGGACGAUCAUAUAUCCCUGUGAUUAUGGUUAUUGUAAUUAAUAUCCAUGGCCUCAAUGUUUUUCAUGCAAAUAUUUACUGUAUUUAUGAUUGCGUUACUGCAGAUUAAUAACGUAUUUGGUUGUUCAGGAAACGGAACUGAUCCAACCCUGUACUUCGUUAUAAGCGGGUUAUUAAUGUGUUAUUCACAUUUUAAAUAC